AUGAGCAAGAUUUUCAAACUCAUAAUAGCAUGCACAACAUUAUUGGUGUUUAGUUUCGUUUUCUUUCGUCUACUGACCAAGUCACCAAUUAAUUCAGAUAAUAACAUUUUCGAUAGAAAUUCCAAUACAAAACAAGAAACACCCACCAUUCCACACAAGAACAACCUACCAAGAGUCGUAAUAGUCCUGGGAACAAGACCAGAGGCCAUCAAAUGUGCCCCACUAAUCUCACACCUCAAAUCAAACUAUUCCUCCGAAUUGGAAUUGAUUGUUCUAAGUACUGGCCAGCACAGUGAAAUUCUGAAACAAACAUUGGCAGUAUUUGAUCAACAUGUGGACAUUGAUUUGGAAUUAAUGGAACCCAAUCAAAGUAUUUCCUCAUUCUUUACACUUGCUUAUCAAAGGAUUAGUUUAGAAUUUGAGAGACAGGGACCUAUUUCUAUAGUGUUGGUUCAGGGUGAUACGACCACAUCUCUUGCUGCUGCCCUUGCUGCCAGUUAUUUAAAGAUACCUGUUGGACAUGUAGAAGCUGGAUUGAGAUCGUACGAUUUCAAUAGUCCAUUUCCAGAAGAAUUGAAUUGUAAAAUGAUUGAUUCAUUUGCUAGACUCUUGUUUGCUCCAACUGAUUUCUCUAAGGCAGCUCUUGUUAGAGAAGGUAUUUGUCCACAGCAUGUGCAUGUCACUGGUAAUACUGGCAUUGAUUCGUUCUAUUCCUUAAUGUCUGUUCCACCAAAGAUAAUUCCAGAAUUUCUGAAAAAUAUCAAAAGUUUUAAAGGCAGCAAUGAUCAUGCAGCAGAAACAUUGGCAAUUGAGUCACAUCAUCGAAUAGUAAUUCUUGUUACAAUGCACAGAAGAGAAAACAUUCCACACUUUAAGGAAAUGUGUAAUGCCAUCAAAACAAUUUCCAAUACAUUUGGAAAGAAUGUCAUGAUCAUUCUACCUGUACAUCCAAAUCCCAAUGCUAAGAGUGUAGUUAAUGAAGUGUUGUCAGCAUUGGAUAACGUACAACUCGUUGAUCCAAUUGCCUAUGACAUCUUUCCACAUGUGAUUAGUGAAGCUGACAUUAUUGUUACUGACUCUGGAGGUAUUCAGGAGGAAUCAGCAAGUAUUGGAAAGCCAGUUAUUCUCAUGAGAGAUACGACUGAGAGACCAGAGGGAAUUUAUAUUGGAACUAUUAAAAAGAUUGGAGUCAAUUAUUUUCACAUUGUGAAAGCCAUGACAGAUGCAAUUAAGGAUUCACAAAAUUCGAAACAAAUUCUUUCGAAACACAUAUUUGGAGAUGGGAAAGCUAGCAUGAGAAUUUCAAAAAUUGUUCGUGAUUUUGUCACCUCCAAAUUACCAGAUUCUAUAGAAUGUUCUACUCAAUUCAUCCAAGAUUCAAUUGCAGAAAGUGUUUACUCUCAAAAUUUUACCAUUCGAAAGUAG